AGUUUGCAGUAUGCAUGCAGCCACAUGCAGGCUCAUUGGCUGCAGGCAGGUUGACACAGUUUCACCGCCUCAUGCAGCAGCUGUAGCGGCUGCCUCGAGCCUGUAGAGCCAGCAGGUGGUACUCUACUGUCGGCCACUGGGUCCCACUGUUGCAUGCCUGCAGCCGGCUGGAUGAAGAACUAAAGAGAGCUGAAUAGCGACCGGGACGAGGUCAGAAAGAGAGAGAGAAAAGAGGAGAGCUGCUUCUUGUUUUGGUGGAAGAUGGACGCACAUCGGACCGGUUCAGUCACCGGGGUCAGCUGCUCUGCCUCCGCCGGGUUGUGACUCUCCUCGGUCCGCAGAGGUGCUCGGUGUCCGCCGGUGUCCAGGACAGGACAGGACAGGACAGGACGGUCUAGGGACACUUUGCUGCGGGCUGCAGCAGCAGCAGGCUGCCUUGCAGUGAAACCCCCUCCCUCUGGAGAAUAAAGCAUCUGGUAGCUCAGAUUGAAAGAAAGAAAGAAAGAAAGAGGAGACUGGGACAGCAGCAGCAGAGAGGAAUUACUGUUGGAUACAAAAACACACUGUACUCACCAGGGGGUUUACACAGACAUGGGAAAAGAAGUCUCAGUCACCUUGUAAGAUGUAUCCUCACCACAGAGAAAGGGAGCAGCCGAUCUUCAGCGCCCGGGCCCAUGUUUUCCAGAUCGACCCCAGCACCAAAAGGAACUGGAUCCCCGCCAGCAAACAUGCCGUCACCGUGUCCUUCUUUUACGAUGCCAACCGCAACGUCUACCGCAUCAUCAGCGUGGGUGGGACCAAGGCGAUCAUCAACUGCACCAUUACACCCAGCAUGUCGUUCACCAAGACGUCCCAGAAGUUCGGUCAGUGGGCGGACAGCAGGGCCAACACCGUGUAUGGACUUGGUUUUGCUACAGAGCAACAGCUGCAUCAGUUCUCAGAUAAGUUCAAGGAGGUGAAGGAUGCAGCUCGUCUGGCGCGAGAAAAGUCGCAGGAUAAAGAGCUGGCCAACACAGCGCUCAACAUCGCUGCUCCUCAGUUCUCACAGGACCUCGCGGAUGAACUACAGUCUCCACCGGUGAUGUGCGUGAACGGACCCGAGGACAAGCUGUUCCGCAGCCAGAGCGCGGACAUCACCCUGUCUGCUGAGAAGGAGCGCAUUAAGAAGAUGCUCUCUGAAGGAUCCAUCUGUGAGAUGAACCUGGAUGCCGAGCUCUUCACUCUGCAGGACAGCAACACCAAACUGGUGGCAGCGUUGCAUGAGGCUAAUGCUAAUGUGGAGCAGUGGAAGAAACAGCUGGCAGCGUAUCAGGAGGAGACGGACCGACUCAGAGAGCAGGUGGCUGAAUUAGAGGCCCACGGAGGCCACGGCCCCAGUGACCUGCUGAAGGAUGAGCUGACCCAGUCCCUGGAGGAGCUGGAGGCCCUGCUGAAGGCCAAAGAUGAGGAAAUCCACAUUUUGCAAAACAAGAAAGUAGAGUACCACGAGAUGGAACACGACAGGGACGAGGCCAUUCACAGAUUACGGGAGAUGGAGAUGCGUAAUGCAGAGAUGGAGCGUCGCGUGCAGAACUCGGAGCAGGUCCUCAAUAACUCUCUGGAGGAACGGGAUCGCAUGGACUCUGAAAUCCAGAGGGCCAUCGAAAUUCUGGACAUCAAGAUCUUUGACCUUAAUGACCUUCGCCAGAGCCUGGUUAAACUCAUCGACAAAUAAAGAGGGGGUAAAAAUCCAACCCCAAGAAAGAGAGAUAGAACAGAUGACAGGGUUGAAUUUGUCGUGGUCAACGCAGCGGGGGGGAGUAAACAAAACGAGAUGGAGCUGGUCCCCCCGUCCUCUUCAAGCACAAGAACCACCUCGGCUGCAGGGAGGGAGCAGCACACACACGGUUUUGCUUGUCCGAUCUAGUGUAACGCUUCAUGUUGCUUUCAAGGGUAACAUUCAAUGCAAUAAAACCACCUUUAAGGUAAGUGCUUAACACCGCUAGACGUUUAAUAUAGAGAACUGGUGCUUGUAGUUUUUCAUAAGUAGGACUUUUGUACACCACAACGGCGAUGCAGUGUCAAUAUGAAUAAGAGGCCUUGUUUUUUUGUUUUGUUUUUUUCAACUGACAGGUGAUAAAAAAAGAGCACAAGACAAAAUACUUUUGAGAGAUUAACAGCCUGCAUACAACAUAAUUAUUACGGAAUUAACAGUUAACAAAGUUGGAUUUUUGCAGAGGUAAACUUGUGUGUGCUCUUAGUAGUUCCCCAUGCGUAACGUAGCAGCUUUAACGUUGUGUAAAGUGAAGGACAGAGUGUAGUAGUUGGUGCUUUUCCCCACAGGAAUAAGCAAUGACAUAUAUUCAAGGUCAGUAAAAAAGUACGCUAAUAGUGUUUUCUAUUUGGGUAAGGCAUGGACACACAACUGUUAAGAGCAGAGUCAUCGGUAAGGUCUUUCAGCACGUCGUCUAUUAGCACAUCUUCAUUUAAGCUCGUAAGAAACCUUUAAAUCUAAGAUAAGUGACAGUUACCUGUAAGUAGAUAUGAUAAGUAAUUACAUUUAGGAUAAAUAAGUAUUUUCCACAUGAUAUAAAUCAAUAAUGCUACAGCUAUUAAAUAAGUAAACACUGGAAAUAUAUCACUUAGUAUUACAGAUAAGUUCAACUGUGCAUCAGAUCUUAACAAACCACUGACUUAGUAACGUAUUUAUGACGAUAGAUGCAUUCAAAGAGAUUUAAGAGACGUUUUCUGCCUUCUGUCGUUUCUCAGCAUGUUACCUUUAGCUGUGGACAAUAUGCCACACGCCUUGAGAGUGUGGCUGUACUGUAUGGGAAGUGUCUGAAAGAGCCUUUUAUCACACAGACUGUAUUAUUUAUUAACAUAGUCCAUGAUGCUAUGUUUGUAUUAUUUUUUUCAAGCCUUAUUGUUCUAUUUCAAAGAUGGUUGUUGAUAUUCGUGCAAGCUCUGUGUCUCAAACUUUGAGCUGUUGUCAUCACGGUUUGGAAAUAAAAAGCUAAGAAUACA